AAGUUUUUCCAAACAUGCAGGCGAUGCAGGCUAAAGUGAUCGAUUAUUGCUCUAUUUACAUGGGUUGCCUGUGUUAAAGGACUGAGGCUAUAAAUUUGCAAACAGGUGCUCGAAGAUCAAAAUGGCGGUCGAGUGUUUGUCGCUCCAAAAUAUGACGGUCGGCCGUCAAUAUGACUUUUAAUCGAGCAACUCCACAUUAUUUGGAUUGAUUUCGUGUUUAUAUCUCGGGACAAAUCAUGGAAUGAUCUGAUUCUUGCCAUCAAGAUGACAUCAAGGCAUAUUGGUAUCACACCAAGGACACCACCACUUAGCCCAGCACACCAUCCACACUUUAGAACAUUUCAACCGCCCCCACUACCUCCUCCCCCGCAGACGUCACCUACAUCAGCUGCGACCUUAGAUUUACUAGAAAGCAAGACUAGUAAAAGUCAUCUGGAACAUGAUGUCAAUCAAAAUAUUAAACAUUUGGCCUCCAGAGUUUUCUCAAAUGAAAUAGAAAAUUGCACAUCACCAGAGAAAUCAAAACAAGAUGCCAGAAAUAAAGCACCAUUAUCAAGUUCAGUGGCUAAUACAUCUCCAUCCUCAGAUACACAAUCAUGUAGAAAAGGGCAAUGUGAAAAUGAAGCAGUAUCUGCAGUUACAGCUCCUAUAGUGCCUCCACCUCCCCCACCACCACCACCACCAAUUUUAUGCUUUGGACAAUCAGGAGUGCCACCCGCCCCACCACCACCUCCAUGCAUAGGACAGCAAGGAGUGCCACCACCUCCGCCACCACCACCACCUCCUCCUGGAAGAGGAGGGGGAGCAGUCCCACCACCCCCACCUCCACUACCAGGUAUGAGGGGCCAAGGACCCCCAGCUCCACCACCACUUGGUGGAUUAAGACAGAAUCCAACUUAUCGAAAAAAGGCAAUCACACCAAGUGUUCCUAUGAAGCCUCUUUUCUGGAAAAGGGUACAGCUUCAAAUACUGCCAGGGUCACAAACUGGAAACUGCCUAUGGAGAUCAUUAAAAGAACCAAAAAUUGAUGUUGAACAAUUUGAAAGUGCAUUUUCAAAAGUUGAACGUAAGAAGGAUGAAGGCACAAUGAAAAACAAGACAACCAAGAGAACAAAGCAGAAAGUUGUGCACCUUCUUGAUAGUAAACGAUCUCAGUCCAUAGGGAUAUUACUGAGCACACUUCAUGUGAAUCUCAAUGAAAUAAAAGAUGCUCUUUACAAGAUGGACACUACAAUCCUUGAUUAUGAAAACCUUAAAUCUCUUUAUGAAAUUAGGGCUACAAAGGAAGAGCUAAGCUUGAUAGAAAUCCAUCUUCAAGAAAACCCAGGAGCURUUCUUGACAGGCCMGAGCAGUUCCUCUAUGAUGUGUCUAAAAUUGCCUGCUAUGAAGAGCGUUUGUGUUGCAUGAUAUCAAGAACAUCAAUUUCUGAUUCACUUUUAGAGCUUGGUGAGGCUUUGACAAAUUUCCGUCUUAUGUGUGAGGAUCUGCAAACAAACAGUGAAAUUCAUAACAUUUUAAGUCUAGUGCUGGCAUUUGGAAAUCACAUGAAUGGUGGUAAUUUGUCACGUGGACAAGCAGAUGGGUUUGAAUUAGAAAUCCUAACGAAACUGAAGGAUGUCAAGUCUAAAGAUCACACCAUCACUUUGCUCCAUUAUCUUGUGCAAGUAUACUUGACCAUGUUNGAAAAGAAUGCUGGUACAUUAAUGUCGAAGUUCCCUCUUCCAGAGCCAACAGAUCUACAAACAGCAUCUCAACUUAACUUUGAUGAUCUAACAGCUGAUCUCAAAGGUUUAGAAAGCAAGCUUGAUGGAUGUGAGGUAAAAGUUGGAAAAGUACUUAACCAAUCAGAGCCUCACCUGCGGCAACCAUUUGAAAAAACAAUGAAAAUGUUCCUGGAACAAAGCAGAAAUGACCUGAAGGAACAGUUCCAAGUUCUUGAAGAGUGUAAGAAAAAGUUUGCACUUAUCCUGGAAUUUUUCUACCAAAGAUCUGUGUCUCUUUCACCACAAGACUUCUUUGACAUGUGGACAAAGUUCAGUCUUGAAUUUAAAGUGUUAUGGAAGAAGAGACAACAAUUCCUUGCAAAACAAAUGUAUGAGAAGACACAAAAGAGGGUCAGGAUUUCAAAGAAGCCAAUUUCACUAACAGGCUUAAAGCUAAAAUUGGCAGCAUCCACCAAGAAAACUUCUAGUAAAAAAUGACUAAUAAAUAAUUAUUAUUUUAAUUAAAAUAAAGAGUAUUGUUAAUAAUAUCAUAUUUAGAUUGCAUUAGAUGGAGAGUGAUUGCUGCUCUUCAUUUCGCUAGCUGAAUAAAAUAGAAUAUUAAUAAGAGUGAAUAUAUUUAUAAUGCUCAUGACUGCAUGACUAGUCUCAGUGAUAAAAAGAUGUCACAUGGUUAGAAAUCAUGUGCUGUACUUUGAAAGUCCAGGGGACUAUUGUAAUAAUUAUUAAUAAUUAGUAAAUUAUUUAUAAAUGAAAAAGAUUAUUAGAAAAUUUAUUCUAUUUUUUUGGUUUAUGUAUAUACCUAAUUGAAUGCUAACUAAAAUGUGAUCAUGCUCAUCCUUUGCUUUCUCUUGUCUGGUUCAACACUGUUUAGCUCUAAUAAUGGAAUACAUAGGGUCUCUUAUUWAUAUUACAUAUCAAAGACAAAUCUAAUUUAUUAUUUAUCUAUUAAUAUUAUAAUCACAAUGAUUAACUCAAUGCUUUCAUAAAGAUGACAAAUACCAGUAGUUUUAAUUUUUCGUUUUGGGAAAAAUGGUGUUUUUGUUUUGAAAGAAAAGUUUACUAUUGGAAAUGUAGGCUCAGUGUCAGUACUUCAAAAAAACAACUUAAUAAUAUCAAAUUGACAAAAUAAGAGAAUUAAGUUUUGAAAUCUAAAAAAAUUACAAAAGUACACUUUUGGAUUAAAAUCCAUAGAAAUUAUUAGGAAUGAAAUAGUGCUAAACAUUGAUUGAGUGAUUUGUCUAUAGUAGUAGUUGCUUAAUUAUGUUAUAAAUUCAUUAUUUUUAUUGAUGAAUGAUUUGAUAUAUUAUUUAUAUAUUUUUUAUCUUUAAAAUUUAUUUAUUCUU